AGGCAUCCGUCCCUGUGCAUCAAAUCGGGAAACAUGGCCCUCCUAAUUCCGUCCCUUGAGCCUCCUCAUCGGCGCCUGUUUCUUGUUCAUCUUCCUUUUUUUCAAGCUCUCAACGAUGUUAAUGAAGAGAAAAGGCGGGGCAGCUCAGCCCCCUAUGCCUACAGGAUGGUUGCCCGUUGUCGGCCACCUGCACCUGCUCUCCUCCAAAUCUCAAGCUCUGAAGGAGACCUUCUCACGCUGGCAUGAAGAGUAUGGCCCUGUCCUCAUGCUCCAGCUGGGGCUUCGCGGGGUGCUGGUUGUGAGCAGCUGGGAGAUGGCCAAGGAGUGUUUCACCACCAACAACCUCGCCUUCAGCAACCGGCUGCUCUCCGCGGCCGCCAAGUAGCUGGCCGACGACGGCUUCAUGUUUCCCUUUGCUCCCUAUGGAGAUCACUGGCGUGAGAUGAGAAGGAUAGCAGCGGAGGAGAUGCUCUCCAACCGGCGGAUUAGAUCCUUCGGAGAUCUCCGCGCAUCCGAGAUCGAUGCACAAGUCAGUCGAACCUACAGGCUGUGGCUGGCCAACCAUCGGCAGCCGCUGAAGGUGAAUAUGAGGAAGUUGGUCGAGGAGCUCACGUUCAACGUGGUGGCCCGGACCGUGGCUGGAGAAGACUGCAUCGUCAGCCGAGGCGGCAACGACGAUAAGGCACGUGAGUUUGCUCGAUGCAGUAGGGAGGCCGUGAAACUCUUUAUGGUGUUUGUGGCAUCUGACUUUUUCCCAUUUCUUGAGGUGCUUGACAUCAAAGGGUGGAUCGGCACCAUGAAAAGGGUUGCGAGGGAGUUGGAUACCUUUCUUGGCCGAUGCGUGGAGGAACAUCGACAGAGAAGGAGUCCACCUCCGACUACAGAAGCCAUGACUUCAUCGACGUGUUGCUCUCUCAUUUCAGUGAAGAUGAAGGGGCCAAUCGAGCGGUCAAGUGCGGUGUCACGUCCAUGAUGACUGCUGGAAAUGACAGUACAGCAUCUGCAAUGAUCCGAACCAUUUACUUGCUGCUACUUCAUCCCAAUGCUCUGAAGAAGGUCCAGGAGGAGCUGGAUCACCAUGUGGGCAAAGAGAGAACUGUAAAUGAGUCUGACCUUUAACAACUUGGUCUAUUUGCAGGCGGCCAUCAAGGAAAGCCUACGCUUGGGCCCACCUACACCUCUGCUAGCACUUCGAGAGUCCAUAGAGGAUUGCCAGGUCGGCGGGUUCUGUGUUCCAGCUGGCACUAAGCUAUUGGUCAACUUGUGGAAGAUACAUCACGAUCUGCGGGUUUGGGCUGACCCAGACCAGUUUCAACCCGAGCGGUUUCUAGGAAGCAACGUGAAUGUGCAGGGGCUGGACUUCCAGCUGCUCCCCUUUGGAUCGGGUCGAAGGAUGUGCCCGGCCAUCUCAUUUGCACUCCGCGUAGUGCACAUUGCCCUGGCCCGUCUGCUGCAAGGCUUUGACAUGAAGCUUCUUGCAGCCGACUCCUCCUUUGAUGAUGAUAACCCGUUAGGGUUUGGCACCACCUUAAAUGUGCUACUGGCUCCGCGCCUGCCGCAAGCAUUCUAUGGCUAAGGAGUUGUGUGGCAACCGAAAAAGAAUGCAGUGAAUUCAUAAAUAUCAUCUUAUAUGUUUUAUGAAUGUGCUUUAUUUUUUUGAAUGGGUUUAGGAGACAGUAACAAGACGUUAAUGCGUUCAAACUGCCCCCAGUGUUGAACUCUACUUGAAAGGUCAAGUAAUUCAUAAAGGUUGUAUUAUGUACUUGGUUUUCAGUUUCUUUGUAAUUGAAUAAAUCAAAG